AUGUGGCGAUUAAAAGGAGUCCAACUCAAACCGGCUCAAUACCAACCGACUGCCCCAAACCCAACCAAUAAGACAAAACUGGAAACCAGAGGCUACUACUUGACACUGUUCAUAACUUGCACUUCUAUUAAUAUGUAUAUAAUAGUUAAUGGCAUUGGACACUUUUUUCAAUAUCUUUACCUUAAUCUUCUGCUUGAUUUCAAAGUUUAUUCAAUGUGGGAGACAGUAUGCGGGCCAUAG